ACACGUCAGCAGCAGUGCUGACGUCAGCAGGAUCCCAGUACUCCGUGCAGCACUCCCGUCUCUCCACGGCCCACCAGCUGCUGGCGCUGCUGCAGCGAGGGGACGUGACGGACAGGCUCAUCAUCAUCCUCGGAUCGCUCUUCUUCUUCCUCGUCUGCUCCUUCAUCAUCGUCUCACGCGUUCCCCUCCUCAACUCCCUCCUCCUUUCCUCCACCUCCCUCUUCUUCUCCACCACGCACGCUGUCCUCUCACCCAUACUCUCCCUCAUCUCAUCCCUCCUCACCCCUCUCGCAUCCUCCUUCCUCCCCACCCUCGUCUCCCUCUCAUCCACCUCUCUCGCCCUCGCAUCCUCUUCCCUCUCCUCCCUUCACCACACACUCCAACCCCUUCUCUCGCCCCCAUCGUCUCCCCCGCCUCCUCUCCCACCUUCCGCGCCCUCUCCCAUGCCCUCCCCUUUCCCACCUUCCUCCCCUUCCCCACCCACCACUGCCACCACUCUUCCCUCCUCGUCCCCCUCAUCCGCCUCCUCUCUCCCUCCUCUAAACCCAUCUCAACCGCACACGCCGUCUGAGGUGCCUCACACACAAAGCCCGCCACAGCAACAACAAGAGCAGGGCGGAGAGAAGGUUGCUGCGCCUAGAGAGUCACUGUCGGUAGGAGUGGAGCAGGAAAGAGGGGCACGAGCAAGUGAAGAGGUGCAUGCAGAGGGUGAUGCUGAACGGGAGGAAGGAGGAGGAGGUGGACAGGAGCAAGCAGAGACAGGGCAAGCAGCAAGAGGAGUGGGAGAAGGGGUGGGCGGAAAGGCAGGGGGAGCAGGAUCAGCCGCGAGACAGGUGAGGCGAGGGACAGGGGGGAAAGUCCCGAUGGGGAAGGGGAAGGUGGGCGGUAAGCAGAGGGCGGUAGCACGAGGGAAAGUGAGGGGUGGGGAAAGAGGAAAGCAAAGAGGGGGAGCAGGAGGAGCAGGGAGUGGAGGGGAACUAGGAGGUAACGAGGCAAGGGAGGGAGUAGCAGCAGGAGCAGGAGCAACGGAAGGGAGAAGAGCAAGAGGAAGUGGAGAGGAGGCAGCAGGAGCUGACACAAGAGGAGGUGGAGGAGAAGGUGACUUGGCAGGUGCAGGUGAAGCCACUGAGGGCAGUGCUUCCAUUGCAGCUGCUGGUCGCCCGGUCCCCUCUCCGGAAGCACCUCCUCUUGCACAUCCGCCUCCCCUUGCCACCCACCGCGCUGCUUACAGGCCUCCUGGGGAUUCACCUGUAGGGGAUUCGCCUGCUGGGAAUUCGCCUGCUGGGAAUUCGCCUGCUGGGAAUUCGCCAGCUGUGGAAUCACCUGCUGGAGAUUCACCUGGUGUGGAUAUACCUGCUCUGGAUUCACCUGGUGGGGAUUCACCUGGUGGGGAUUCACCUGGUGGGGAUUCACCUGGUGGGGAUUCACCUGGUGGGGAUUCACCUGGUGGGGAUUCACCUGGUGGGGAUUCGCCUGCUGCUGCGCCUGUGAGGGAGGGAGGAGGAGUGGAGGCUGCAGCAGGUGGGGUAAGGGAGGGUGCGAGUGGGGAAGGGGAGGGAGAGGGUGGGAGUGAGGAGGAGCGCAGAGAGGGAGCGGGUAGUGAGGGGGAAGAGCAGGGCACAUGUGGUGUGGCAGGUGGCAGUGGCACGUGUGAUGCAGACUCUGAAUCUGCUGCAGCCUUCCAAGGUGAUGCUCUCAGUGCUUCUGCUGAUGUUAACAAUGCUGCUGCUUCAGCGGCUGCUGCUGCUGCUGCUGAUGCUGCUGCUGCGGCUGUUGCUGACGAUUCUUCUGCGGCGGCUGCUGUUGAUGAUGCUGCUGACACUGCCAGCGCUGAUGCUUAUACCGUCGACUCUCAUGCUCCUCCUGUUGAUGCCACCACUAUUGCUGCUGCUGAUGCCACCACCACUGCUGCUGCUGAUGCCACCACCACUGUUGCUGCUGAUGCCACCACCACUGCUGCUGCUUAUGCCACCACCACUGCUGCUGCUGAUGCCACCACCACUGCUGCUGCUGAUGCCACCACCACUGCUGCUGCUGAUGCCACCACCACUGCUGCUGCUGAUGCCACCACCACUGCUGCUGCUGAUGCCACCACCACUGCUGCUGCUGAUGCCACCACCACUGCUGCUGCUGAUGCCACCACCACUGCUGCUGCUGAUGCCACCACCACUGCUGCUGCUGAUGCCACCACCACUGCUGCUGCUGCUAAUGGCGCUGGGGGCUAA